AGCGAGCUGUAGCCGUAGCAGCAGCAGCAGUCAUGCAGGAGGCAGUGUUGUAGUCCGCGUAGCAGUAGAGACGAUGGCGAGCCGCUGGACGGUCAUCGUCGCCUUUUGACAGCAGCAACGCACGCAGCUCGUCUAUACGAUAUAUACACACAGUACCCACCGUGCACAUAGCGGUACGGUUGUUGGCCCAGUGCAGUUUUAAUUGGCCUUCGCGCAGCCGUCCUCCUCUCGGCACAUUUGCAUCCUGCGCGAAUUAGCCUGCGGGCGGUCGAGCAAGAGAAAAAGCUUUUCUAUACGGUAUAGUGCCCCGUGUAUAUGUGUGUGCUGUUCCAAGUGCGCGUGUGUACGGUAUAACGUGCAGUAGCGAGCGAAAGAUUCGCUUCUCCCCCCCCGCCCGCCCGCUGCCCUCCCUUCCUUCCUUCUCGCAACUUGUGCAACUUGUGGUGGUGCAAGCUCGACUUGUGCUGUGCGCGAUACAUCCGUUAACCGUCACAAAGUUAUAAUCUAAAUAUCAUACGCAGGAGACGCGACGAAUCCGCGACGCGCGUGCCAAUUAUUGUGCUGUGCUGCUGCUGCUGCUCCGUGUCUGUGUGUGUGUACACUCGUCCUCUUUCCCAACGCGCGCGCGUGUGCGUGUACACGGUGUAGUACAUCCGCGUGCAGAUAGGUAGUAAAAUGCUCCAUAGGUCCAGCCGCGGACUGGCCUGCAUAAUCGUCGAACGAACAACGCAUCGUCGUCUUCGCACAGCCAAGGCCAAUGGAGACUCUCAAUAGGCACAACAAUCAUCACUCGUCGUCGCAGCAGCAGCAUCCACAGCUAGCUGCGAACGGCUGUCGCAAGCCUGCGUCCUCGUCCCCCGCGUCCCUCGAUUAUCAGCAGCAGCAGCAGCAGCUAAAUUCACAGAGAGCAGCGUCGGCUAUCGCAGGCGGAGGCGGAGGACUGGUAGGAGUGGGAGGAGGAGGAGGACAGAUCGCCAUGAGGGUCGAGCCUGGCAAGAUGUGCACACCGAUCGAGGAGACGACGGUGGAGAGCCUCAAGGUGAGAACGGGCAUGGUGGCGGUGAGCGACGGCAAGAUCAAGCCCAUACCGACGCGGCUCCAUCUCACCGUGGAGGUGCUCAAGCUCCAGCGGGAAGAUUUCGAGCAGUCGUCGCAGCAGCUCUCGCAGCAGCAGCAGACGCCCAAUCACAACGGCAGGCUGCCGAACGAGACGAAGGAGCGCAUGGUGCAGAUCACCCGCCAGAAGGUGGGCGGCCUCGGGCUCAGCAUCAAGGGCGGCGCCGAGCACAAGCUGCCCGUGCUCAUAUCCAGGAUCUACAAGGGCCAGGCGGCCGACCAGAGCGGCCAGCUGUUCAUCGGCGACGCCAUCAUCAAAGUCAACGGCGAAUACAUAACGGCCUGCAAUCACGACGACGCGGUGAACAUCCUGCGGAACGCCGGCGACAUCGUCGUCUUGACUGUCAAGCACUAUCGAGCGGCCAAACCGUUUUUACAAAAAACAGAAGGAACACUAGAUAACGCCGUUAACGGUGUGGUUGAAGGGGACUGGCAAGAGCCACCGGCGAGCAAGCAGCACAACAAUCCAAGCAGUCCAAAGGUCAACGAUCACGGCGGCUCGAACGCCUCCUCGGCCAACAACACGGGCUCGCUGAAAAAGAAGAAGUGGGUCGACAUCGUAACGGUGCCCUUGAUGAUGGCUUACGUCACGAGAUACAUAUUUGGCACGGACAAGCUUCGCAGAAACGCCUUCGAAGUUCGAGGCCUCAACGGGGCGCGAACAGGUGUGAUACACUGCGACGACACGGCUAUUCUUAGCCAGUGGCUGAAAUACAUAACCGACAACAUCACCAGCCUGACUUACUUGCAGAUGAAAUUGUACAACAGAAACUUCGAGGUCGGCGAGCGAAUCGAGUACAUGGGAUGGGUGAACGAGGCCGCCAGCAACAGCAAUCAGCUGUGGCAGAGCUACAGGCCGAGAUUUUUGGCACUGAAGGGCCCGGAUCUGCUGCUCUUCGAAACUCCGCCAUGUAACAUAGGCGACUGGUCCCACUGCGCCCUGACCUUCAAGGUCUACCAGACGCUGUUCCGAGUGAUGCGCGAGUCCGAGAACGUGGACGAGCGUCAGCACUGCUUCCUGGUGCAGAGCCCGGGCAAGUCGCCCAGGUACCUGAGCGUCGAGACGAGGCAGGAGCUGCUGCGAAUCGAGGCGGCCUGGCACACGGCCGUCUGCUCGGCCGUAACUCAUCUCAAGAGCAAAUCGUUCCCGGUGACUCUGAACGGCAAGGCCGCGGAGAUAACCCUGGACUGGUCGCAGGGCUUCACGCUGAAAUUCGAGGGCUCGGCCGAGCCCGUCUGGAAGUACAAAUUUCAUCAGCUGCGAGGCUCCAGCGACGACGGCAAGAGCAAGCUGAAGCUGCACUUUCAGGAGCACGACAGCAUCGCCAUCGAGACGAAGGAAUUGGAUUGCUCGCAGCUGCAGAAUCUGCUGUUCUGCAUCUACGCGUUCAUCACGGCGCGAGUCGCGGCCGUGGACCCGACUUUCUUGAGAUCGGCCACUCCCUAGAGAGAAGAUCCGUAAAGGACGAUAACCAAAUAGAUAGAGAAGAGAGGAGAUUAAUCACAAAACGACUGAACAAAAAAAUAGUUGCGCGCGACCCGCUCCCGUUGCGAUUAUAUUAUACGGUUUCGAUUUAACGUUUUACGUUUUUGUAAGAUUGUUUGUUUGUAUUUAUUUUUUUUUCCAAUGUUUUUUAUUCCUUAAUGUUUUAAUUCAUUACGUGUAAAUGAUAUAUCGCCGAUGCACCGAGUACGCGUCGGCAGCAAAUACUAAACAGCAAAAAAAUAAAUAAAUGAUCCAAACGAAGAGAGAGAGAGAAAGAGCCCGCAAUGGCAUUUUAAGUAAGGUGACCAUUUUUAACUUUUAAGAAGAUAAAACAUUAACGAUUAACGACAAGAUACUAGUCAAGGAUUUUCACACUAAAUCGAUGCUUUUUCUUAAAGCGCGCGCGCGCGCACCCAUGAUAACUAUCGUAAUAUUGGAUUCGACCAAAUAAACUCUCCAGAUUUCAUUCGACCGCGUACAUCGUAGUAUUGCAUACUGCAUCAUCAUCCGUAAUAAUGUGUACGAAGGCAGUGCAAGAUCGAUCCGCGAAUUCGAUGGACAUUUUUUUUUUGUUUACCCACUGACGAAUCUCGCUGGAUAUAUUAUAUAAACUCGUCUGGAGAGUGAUUAUAUUAUAAUACGUCUUAUAAGUACACGUAAUAUAAUAAUGCAUUAUACGCGCUUCGUUGCCUGUAUAAACUUGCUUUUUAUUUUUUCUAUGAUUAAUUUUUAUAUUUUUUUAUACUAACUUGGUAACGACCACACACGACUUACUUAAUACGUUUUUUAUAAUCUGUAUUCGUAUUAUCGUAUAAUGGAUGUAAAGUCAUUUUUUUCAUCGCCAUCCGCGUGUAUAAAUCCUUUAUACUCUGUCAGUAAUUUUCAAUUGCGAGCAUAUGAUGCAUUUCACAUCGAACAUUUUUAGAGGUGCCUUGAUAAAAAAAAUCACGAACCCACGAUCACACACGACGACGAUCCAUUGUAGAGUUACGGCAAAAAAGACAAAAAUCAAAUCGCAUGAAUCAUCCAUAAUAAGGACUUACUACCGCUAUAUACGUAUAUUAAGGUGCAGUGUGCGAAUGCAGAUGUGUCCACGCAUUUAUCAUAUAAUACGAUGUAAAUAAUUUAUGUUCUUGCGUUGUUCCGCGUUUGUGUUGGUUUUGUUAAAAUCUUCUUUUUUUAAAUCAUGUAAAACAGUCAGUAUUAAUCCAUUGUCAAUAAAUCGUGAUGUCUCAUCUACAUAUUGCUAAUAGGAUAUAAAAUAUAGCGAUGAAAAAAAAGUAGACGUUGAAAUCAACCAUGAUGGUCUCUUUGAAGAAACUUGAUUUAAACUUUAUCGUACGUUCCAAAUGUUCCAUAAGCUUUUUCAGCUGUAAUUGAAAAUUAUUGGUUGAGCUGAACGUAUUUAUAAUAAAAAUAAUUUAUUUUCUAAAGAGUUUAAAAGGUUUAAAAAUCAAUUUUAUUCUUGGUAUGAUAUAAAUUAAAAAUAAAAAUAUAUUGAAAACAGUAAGUUAAUAAGUAUAAAUUGAUUCACGUUCGUUCCUGAAGUGAGAAGUCAAAUUUAUUCUCAUGUAAAUAAAAGUUGGCUAUUAGAGCCUGCAAUGACCACCGGUUGGUUUAAAAUAAAAAAUGAAAUAUUUUACUCAGUAUAUUCAUUAUAUUUUAUAGAUUUUCGACGAGAAAAAAUAAAAGAUUCCAUCAUGGUUGAAUAUUUCGUUUGCAAAAAUAAGGAUAGAGCGAAAUAACUUGCAAAAUUUUGUUAAUUAAAAAAGUAAGAACGACGAAAGAACAGUUAGCCAGUUAGCAGCGUAAAAAUCUAUUUGUGAAUGGAAAUGAAAGAUUAAGACGAGCAUGAGUACAGUCUUUUAACCGAAAAUCCCACUCCAUCUUUACGAAUAAUUUUAUUUAAUCGCGACAGACUAAUUCCUUAGACUCUAUAAUGUAUGAUUGCUUUUCUUUGUCAAAACUUUUACGAGUCAUUUAUCGUAAUUUAUUGUACGUCUGUCUCUUAAUCUCUCUGUCAUACACUUCGAAAAAAUAUUCUAAACAAGUAAUUUAGAAAGUACAAAAAGAAAUCUUCGUUAACUAGAUGGAAAGAUGUUUGCGGCGUAUUGAAAUAUUAUAUGCGCGUUGUUGCAAUUAUAGAAAAUGUAUACAACAUUCAAGUGGUAUAGAGUUGGUGUUUCAUUUUAAAUUUUACAAAUAAAAAUUGGUAGAUCUCAAAUGAAACGCAAAAAAAGAUAUAUAUAUUACCUCGAAUCUCCUGUAUUGUAUAGUUGCCUCACGAUUGAUUAAUAUUUAAGAGAAAACAAUGUUGUUGAGAGCGUCGCGAUUUUCUCGUGGUCAAUAAUAAGUGUGUAGUUGAAGAAAAAAGGUACUCGUUUUGAAAUGUCAAAGAUUUUAUUCGACGCUCGUUAAUAGAAAUGUUUUUAUUCUCUAUGGGGUCAAUUAAGACUAUUGUGUCGACCAACAGGUCCGAAGGGACGAUAUAGCAGUUGGCAAGAUCGCAGAAACCGAUUGAAUUAUAUAACAAUUACAGAAAAAGGAAACUGGCGAAAAAAAAUUUAAUCGUGCACGAUUUUUUUCCUAUAAGGCACUAAUUCAUGUUUGCAAAAGCCUAUAUAGAAAUCAUAUAAAAUCAUUAAGGAAACCAUAGAUUUAUAGUAAAUAUGCCUACACAUAUUAGCACAUGUUAACGCAUAAAUGAAGCUAUUCACAGCACCGUAAAGUAAGGCACUUGGCGAAAAAAUUUAUCGAUUGGACAAAAUCAUGAGGUCAAUAUUUCGUUGUCUUACGAACUUAUAUAGGUCGUUGCAUGUUUUCAAUUAUAUUGUAAAAUGCAUCUGUAAAGAGGAAAAUUAUUCGAUUAUUGCAUAAUAUUUAAAAAUGGAAAAACAUACAUUUCCUUAUAUAUUUUCGAUUGAUUGAUAUAUGUAAUGUAUUGUAGGAUUAUUCAAAUUAUAUUGCCGACAGAAAAAAAUGAGAUAGAUAUGAAAUAUUUUUAUCUUUUAAAUUGACGUCGUAUAUCAAAGUCAUUGGAAAAAAUAUAUACAAAUAUUAUAUAUACACACACGAGUGGAAAACUCGAAUACCUGAUUCUGUAUUGUACAACAUAUACUCAUUUCUCCGAAAUGAUCAUUUUGUCGAAACUAGUUGAAAAUUUUUCCCGAGUGUACUCUCAUCCAUGCAUAUUCACAAAAACACACGACCUGCAAUUAAAUUUAGAUUGUUAUUUAAACAGACUGCACAAUUGUAUUGAAUUAUUCCUUAAGAUAAACGAAUAGAAAAAAUAUGCUAAAUUAAAAAAAAAAAGGCCGAUAGAAAGUAUGUUAAAGAAAAUCCAUAUAAUAAAAUUAUAACGGUGUUAUGUAAGUGCAAAAAGAAAAAUAUCGCUUGACCGCAAUACUGUAUGUACGUUUAAAAGACGUUUUUAUCGUGACUUUGCAAAAGUCACUUUCGAAUAAAACUAAAAAGAAACCAACAACAGAGGCAAUACAAUAUGCCGAAAUUCAAUUUUCAAUUUUCACAGGUCUGACCAUUUUUUAUAUAACGAGUUAUUGAUUAGAAUCAAUCGAAACUUAUUCAUAAGAUACAUUUUAGAAAUUUUUCCAAUCUCUCGUUGACUGCGUUACGUGGUACCAAGUUUCAAUAACGACGAGAAAUAAAAAAUCGUUCGCGCAGGACAAGCACGCUUUUUUACCUACGAUUUUUCUCUUUUGCAUCGCCAUAACGUCAUAUAGCUAUAAAAUAAAAUUCACGUCCGCAAUAAACACAGAAUAAACCGACCUAUUUAUGACUAUUAAUAAGAAUCAACUGGUCAUAAAUUAAUUAUUCCAUUGUACAAGACGUCUAUCGUGAGUCAUUGUACUACGGCUAUUGUAUCGCGCGAAGUACGCUGGAUAAUAUUUAAAUUCACUAUAAUUAUAUUAUAUUAAAAAAUUGGCAAGUCGAACACGCCAACAAAAUGUAAAAAAGCGACGUCUUACGUUUCGAAUUAUAUAGUUUAUCUGUUAUGUCUAUCUUCCCAAUUGACAAUAUGUUUCAAAAUAUAUUAUUGUUAGACGUUGA